CUUUAGUUACGUAUGAUUAGGGAAAAAAUGAUGGAAUUUAUAUAUUUUGCUUUCAUAUUUCUUUUUGGGUUGUAAUUCACUGCUAUGGAUUGACAGAAUGGUGGGAUUAUGCUCCAGGAUUAUUCAAAGGGUGUGCACUUGGAAGAGUUAAACGUGUUACUGAAGCAAACUGUUAUGAUAAGGCGUCUGAAGGAAUAUGUGAUGCUACAGUUACCUCCGAAACGGUGGCAAAUUAUAAGACUGUUGAUAAAGAGAUCGAAUAUUGUUGCUGGUAAAACUGCAAUUGGGGUAUUAAGUAUUGAUGCCACUGAAAGGGAAAGUCAAGACAUAGCUUUGGAAAAUUUGGAUGAAACUGAUGGCAAGCUUUCUUAUCAGGAACUUGGAAUUGCAAAGCUUUCUGGUUUUCGUGAAUGGCUUGCCCUCCAUCCAAUAGUUGCAGGAUCAGAGAAUGCUUCAAAAAUGAUAAUUUUUGCUCAUUACCACAAAGUUCUUGAUGGAGUACAGGAUCUUGUAUGCGAGAAAGGUAUAAGUUUUGUGCGAAUUGAUGGAAAUACUCUUGCCAGAGAUAGGCAAUCAGCAGUAGUCUCAUUUAGGUCGUCACCAGAGGUAUCACAACCAUUGUCUUUUCUUCUCAAGUUAUUGUGAAAAAAUACCUGUUUAUUUAUUUUGUUUGCCUAUUUAUGAUAUUUUCUAUGUUUAUGUUAUUGUGUUUGAAAUUAUAACUUGUUUUACUUUCCAUUUCUCAUGUUGCACUAUUAAAAAACUUUGAAGUUGUGUUUUCUGACAAUCAGACUCAGUUUUACUAUCAUUGUUCUAUCAUUUUUUUAAGCAAAUUAAGUCAUUAUAUCAAGUCUCUUGCUCCACUCACUGAAAAGACAGUUUGUUGUGUAUGCUAAAAGUAAGAACCUUGUCGUUCCUAACAUCAACUGUCUUGAGCAUUUUUGUCAACAUCAAACUCCCUUUACUACCGUACUUAUGCACUUACAUGCAACAUGUGUUCUGAAUUCCAGGCUACCAACUUAUGGGUUUCAUUCUUCAUUUAAGUUUACUGACUUUUGUGGUGUUCUUGGAGCUACCACAAGGCUUAACUCUAAUGCUCCAGGUUCUGUUUCGAAUACCACUUCAUUGAUUAAUUUGUAUUUAUAUCUAUCGUUCGGUUGUUGAAUUGGUAUCAUAUGCUAGUGACUUGUGUUUUCUUUCCUGACAUUGAUUUGGUUUGUGUCAAACCUGUGUUCCUAUGUCAAUACAACUGAUUUAUUUAUAUUGAGAAAAUGAAAGCAAUUCAAUAAAUAGAGGAGAUUUGGUAUGAUACCUGAAUAAAUGUCACUAGUAAUACCAAUAUGAUCUUAAUAUUUCUAAUUAUAAAGAUAUGAUCCUUAUUUUUUUGUUUACAAAACUCUACCUCAAGUUGGAGCAUAUAAUGUGUUCAGCUCUCUUCACAUUUUAUUGGUCCUUGAUCCUUUUAAAGACUUGGUGAAUAUGUCUGUUAGCACUAUAGUUGACAAAUGUCGUGGUGAUAUCUUUAGGUUCCAAGUUUUCUUUUAUGAUUUUACAAGGUACACAUCUAGUUCUUUCAUGAAAGACAAGAUCAGAGGCAAUGUGUAAUGCUGAUAACUUGUCACAUAUAUGGUGCUGUUAGUAGGAUAUUCAAUGUUCUACUAGAAGCUGUUAGAAUGUAUGAGAGAUCUUUUUGUAAUUAUUUCUUUAGAGUUACAGUUCUCCAUAUAUAGAUAAUGCUGUACUAUUUCAGGUUAGUCAAUUUGAAUAAAUAUCUUCUUUCUUUCAUAUUAAUCCUUAGAAGUGGUGCAUUUGGGAAUUUUCAUAAAAUUCAAGUUCUUUGAGAAAUUACUUUACCCAUAUCAGCUCAAUGGUGACUAAAGCCAUUCAUUGCCUUGUAUUUUACUUCUACACUUGAUCUUGAUACAGUUUUUUGUUUUUUGUCAUUCAAAGAUAUUAAAGUAUUCCUAACAAGAACACAAUAUCUUGAAAUAGAGUGUCAAUCACUAGGUGAGGUUGCCCCGUUAGCAUCAAUGUGCUAAACCAUUUGUGUAUUACCCUCAUCUUCAUACAUAUGGCCUUUCCCAAGAAUAUUUCUUAGGAUUUGUACAAUUGCAUCCCAAUGAUUUUCAGAAGGAGAGUCACAAUGAGUUGAUUUAGUUUACCAACUAAUGGUUUACAUCUCUGAUGGACUGAAAACAACAUUCCUUGGUCAUGUACAAGUUUGAUACUUGGUUCAUUGGUGUGUCAACCAGUGUUAUCAAAUUUCGGCCAUGGCGGCGCCAUGGCGGAAACUGGUAACGGGUUUCCAAGCUGCCACCACAAUAUUGCGGCCGCUUUGUGCAUAUCGGUUUUGUCGUUACUUUGAAAUUAAUUGAAUUUCUUUUUCAUUGAGGGAGUUGUUUUACAAGUUAGGGUUGAUUACAACAUGCGGGACUGACCGCACCGCCCGGGUCGGUUUUGCACUGAUUCAGUUUUGUUGGAUAAAACGGAUUUAAAUGCUUUGAAAUGGAUAGAUAUUCGACCCGACCCGUGAGUUAUAUUCAAUCAUAACUCCAGCUUAAUACGAUUUCUUCUUUUUUUCUGCCAUAUCACAACUCCUUUUUAUUUCCUUGUAAUAUAUUUACGAAAUAUUUAUUAUGUAGCACCUUU